AUGCCGGAGUCCCCAAUGGACAUCAAAAGAGCUCGGAAGAAGGCUAAGGGUAAAGUUGCCGAAGCUACUAUGGAAGCCGAGGGUAUUGAAACUACUUCUGUUGUCGAAGUCUCCCAUGAUAAUGAAAAAGUGAAGUCAAAAGUAGGGGCAAAAGGAAAAAAGCAUCACCCAAGAAGACUAAGACAGCUGUUAAGAAGCCUAAGGGUAAAGUUGCCGAAGCUAUCAUGGAAGCCGAGGGUAUUGAAACUACUUGUGAUGUCGAAGUCUCCCAUGAUAAUGAAAAAGGUGAAGUCAAAGGAAGGGAUAAAAGGGAAAAAGCUAAAAAUGACAACGUUAAACCAGUAUCAAUAG